AUUUGAAUGAUUUUGGUAAACAUCCGACAAUAAAAUUUGCCUCUUAAAUACCCAUAGAGCACAACGGCAACGUUGCACCAAUUUAUUGGUCAAAAAAGUGGGGCCCGCAUUAAAUUCCAGCCGGUUCAUAUCUCCCACUUUUUUUAUUUCGCAUUCGCCUGACAGAGACGGAACGUGUUCUCGGAACCGCUGAAAAUAUUCGGGUUAUUGAACGGUCGAAAUAUCCGCAGCCUUCCAAGGACGUCGCCGUCGUCUAAAGAAAUUGCGGAGAUCCGAUUUCCCCAGCCAGACCCUGGGACCGUGAAAGCCCCCCCCGGCCAGACGACCGACUGCAUUAAAGUUGUUUUUUAUUUUCUUGAAAAAUCGACUGUUGCUUUGGUUCAGCUGCGGCUGCUCUAAGUGUGUGUCUGUGUGUGUGUGAUUCAUUCUGUUUACAGGAGACAAAAGAGCGAAAAUCUGCAGGAGAGACCGUAGGAAUUUAGGUCGUUUUUCGAAUUGUUGCCUGGUGUAUCAUGGCGAGCGAAUCUAACGGGAAAAUCAUUCGUGGGAACGGCGGCGAUAAUAAUGGGAAAAAAUCAGUUACGAACUUGUUUCCGAAACAGGGAGAAUGUUCCUAUGUUUCCUGUUAUUGUGAAGAAAAUGUAUAUAAACUAGCAGAAGAUGUGGCUAAAAAAUACCCAAAUGAACUCAGCAAGUGUUUUGUAGUGAUCAUAUCCAACCAAAGCAGAACAGUUCCGUUGUGGAAACAAAGAGCUGGUAAAGAUGAGGAUAAACUAAUCAUUUGGGACUACCAUGGGAUUUUUUUGUACCACCCAGAACCCGACAAGUGCUUGGUUUACGACUUGGAUUCCGAAUUACCGUUUCCUACAUACGUACACAAAUAUGUCACUGAAACUUUUAGGACCGAUCAUAUAUUGAAACCUGACUAUUUCAGGUAUUUUCGAGUGGUUCCGGCAAACGAGUUCCUUAAAGAAUUCGCUUCCGAUAGACGUCAUAUGAAACGACCCGAUGGGACAUGGAUUAAACCACCACCAACAUAUCCGGCUAUUAGCAGUGCAAGUAAGAAUUAUUAUUGUUUUUUAUUGUACGUAUUUUUAAAAGUUUCUUUUUACAUAGACUCCGAACAUAAUUUAGAAGACUAUAUCCAAAUGGACCACGAUAAAGGACCCGGGCAAGUCCUUAAUUUAACGCAAUUCGUUCAGAGAUUCUACAAACCAGCCACGUAAUUUCAAUAAAAUGAGAAAAAUCUUGUUGAAUUCGCCAUAAAAUUGCGUUAGUGAUGGUAAGCUGGACUCUAACGCCGAUUUAAAAUCGAAUAUUUCAGUAUUUCUAACGCACAUAACACACUUUCUCUAUUGUUGUAUCUUGUCCAAAGAUAUUUAUUGUUGUAAGUAUAAUGUUAGAAAUAGGGUCGUUUGAAGAUAUACAUAUAUACCAUACCACAGGGCUCAAAGCAUCUAUUUUUUUAGUACUUUUGGCUUGUGGUGUUAAAGAAUUAUACGUACCUACAUAUUACAAAAGAAAUUUAAUCAAAUAUUUCAAUUUUAAGGGGCUUUAUGCUUUUUUCAAUCAGAACGUUAUUAUUGGCCUAAUAUAUGAAUAAGUAUUUCGCCUUAAUUUCCAACGUUUAUGUCCCAUUUUCAUUAAACGACUUUAUCUUAUCGAAUUUAACCUUUAACCGUUACUAUGAAAAAAUCUUGCAUUGUCAGUACCGCGAUUAUAAUAUGUAAUAUAAUUUUUUCUUUCGGAAAAUAAAAUGUCUCUCGUUUGUUCGGUUCUUUCUGUAUUAAUAAUUGUAAAAAUAAUACAAAAAAUUAAGACAAAAAUCUUAAAGAAAAUAAAUUCAUGAAUUCUCUGUAGAUGCACAGUCAGAGAUAACGAAACGCCAACAAUAAGGAUAAGUAAUGUCUUAUUUAUUUUUUCACAGUUUUAGUUUGAUUGAGGGCGUUAGGGUACAGUAUAUUCUAUAUUUUCUUCUUGCCUACAGUAUUCUUGUUAGAUGAAAACUCUCCUCCAUUAUCUAGCGUAAAUCUCUGAACUUUAUUAAUAAACUGUCUUGCAAGGUGUACUUAACAUAUUCCUUUAAAUUUUCUUCUGGUUCAUUUUUAGUAUGUAAUAUUUAACUAGGAAAUAUGAGAAAUCAUCUAUGACCAACAUUUUCCCUCAUCAAAAUUAGUUGGUGUUAUAGGACCGCAUAUCGUCGACAAUAUUCUCAAACCUCGUAAGUAUGAAACAGGAACUUUUCAGGAGAUCUCAAAAACGGUAUUAUUUACAAUGUGUAUUAUUUAAUUCUAAUUUAAUUCUGAAUAUGAGCAAUAGAAGGAAAGUCCAUAUGUUUAAUUUAAUUUAUAAAAUAAUAAAAACCGGACAGCCUGCAAAUUUAAGAAAUUUAUUUUUUAAUCAAGAUAUUCCUUAUAAUACAAGAAAUCCCCAUUUGCUUAGAAUUCCUUUACAUAGAACAGCAACCUUUAAAAAAUCUUUUUUAUAUAUGGGCAUUCGGAUGUGGAAUGAACUACCUAUUUAUAUAAAGGAAUGUUCGCCUAAAAAAUUUAUUAUAAACUUAAAAAAAUCUCUUUUAAACACGCAAAUUAUGGUAACCUAAUGUGACCGUAUUUUAUAAAAUGGUAUUUUUGUUUUAAUUAAUGUUCUGCACACCUGAUCUUGCUAAUUGCAAAUAUUUACAUUAAAAUUAAAUUCUCACUUGCCUGUUAUCUACCCUUCGUGCUCGCCCCUAUACCGUUCUCGCUCGUCUUUGGAUUCUUUUAUUUUUUUUUUUUUGUUUUUCUUUUUGCCCAGCUUCAUAGCCACUCGCUAGUUCAUUGUAAAAUGCAUAUAUUGUCCCUUUUGAUUUUGGUAUGGACCUUAUUGUAAAUACAUAAUAUUACGUUUUUUAGAAAAUAGUUUAUUUAGGAACACGGGGUGUACAGCACAUGUACAAGUAAUCUAUGUACUUGCAUGUGUAUCGGUUUUUUUUUAUAAAAAUCGCGUUGCACUCCGAUUACCAAACAAAUUGUUGUAAUUUUGAAUAAUUUGUAUAUUCAUGGAAUUUAGUUUCGUAUAUUCUGUAAUAAUGUUUAAUAAUUUUGAAUGGUAAUAAAAGUAUUUUUUUUUUUUUUUUUUUUUUUUUUUUUUUUUUUUAAACAAAAAUAUACUGAUUGUAUACUGUAUUUAUUUUGUUUAUAAAAAUGACAUGGUAUACAUUUUUUGUUUUUGGAAUAAUAUUACCGAAUUAUAUAAAAAAAUAUGACUUACGAGGUUUGUGAGGGAACUAAAAAAAAGAAAACAAGUAAUCAGGGCAUUUUAUUUUGAAACUUACAAACUUUGUGAAAUAUUUAACAAAAACUUAUAAUAUUUAUAAAUUAAUAAUAAUUUAAAUUUUUGUAAAACAGAUGGUAGUCUGCUUUAAGAACUUUGGUUAGCUCUUGCAAGUGGUCAUACUUGUCCUUUUGAAUUCCAGGAGCAGUGGUAUAAAAAUCCGCAGGCUUUCUAGUUAAAAAUUUCCCUGGUCUUUGAGGUAUACACAGCCAAAUAUCUGUCAUUUUCAAUUUGUAUUCAAUAGUAAGGUUUGAUCCAUUAUACUUCAAGGCUCUUAUGUCUGUAACAACUGGAUCACCUGCCUUUUUUCCGGGACGAAUAGAACUAUAAUAUUUUAAAUUAGAAUAUGCUUUAAAAAAUGUGUGUUCUAAAUAAAUCACAUUAUAAGGCAUAGGAUGUUUUCGUGCCGUUUCAAUUAUAUUCACGUAAUCAGCAGGAACACUGAUAAUUCUAUUCUUAAUUUUGCGUUCUAUCGCAACUCAUUUGUGUAUGGCCUUUCUCUAAAAUCUUUUGUAUAAUACUCACAUUUUUUAGUGCUGAACAUUGCAGAAGUGCAUUUGAUAAAAUAGAGUUCCUAUUUUGAUAUGUGCAACCAUCACUCCAUAGAAUUAUUUCUUUUAAUUGUUCAUUAUGAUUUUCCUCAAUAUAGUCUACAAUGCACGAGGAAAACUCAUUAGCUGUAACAUUUCCCUCGCCCUCAUGCCAGACGUAACAGGUAACUGCGUGUGUAACAUUAUUAAACAACAUAAAGUUGUGAAAUAUUAGUUUUUUUUGUAGUAUAUGGCUGAUGCUUUCAAAAGUGGACAGAAAAGAACCGCCUGUAAGUCCAUUGUGAUCACCAGUGUGCUUUGAUCUAAUUUAGCUUUAUUAGUGUCUUCUUGCAUAUUCCUUCCUUUGUUGGUGUUCCAGCCAUUUUUCCUCACUUAGGUUAUUUACUUCGUGCAUGCAACACAGAUCGCAUUGAUCUUUUUUAGGUUGAAAUAACCCAAUGUUCAUUUAUGCAAUUUUUUUUUGAGUAAGGGAUAAUGGUUUACUUUGGCUUCAGCUUAGAAAUGAUUCCAAAUGUUGAUUUUGUUUGGGUUUUAGCUGAACUUUCGAUUUUUCUAUGUUAAGAGAAGACUUAUGGUGUCCUUUUAAAGACCAUUCUUCAGCAGUCCAUUCUCCGAUGCCCAAUGCAUUUAAAAACAUCUGUUUGCAUACGUUUAACCUUUGGUUAUCUUUUUUUUAAGUGAUAAACUAAAGUAACAGAUUUUUUUUGCUGAUCACUUUUUCUUGAUUUUGGUGGACAAACAUCUAUUAGUCCUGAAACAAAUACUUUUUUUUGGCCCCAAUCCAUGUUGUCCCAAAAGUUAUUAAAUAUUUUUAAACGAUCCUCGUGAGUAAACUGAUUACAGUUUCUAUUUUGAGUCUUGAAACACGACGCGCGAGAACAAGGCUUCACCAAGCUGUCUUUUUUUCUUUAAUACUGGAAUCAUUUUCCCUUCACUUAACUGCCUACCUUGGUACUCUUCUCCUUUUCUUCUUUUAGCAAUAUUUAUAUUUUUUUGCCGUAAGGAGCAGUCACUUUGACCCUUUAAAGAACGCUUUCGCUUUCGCUUUUUUUUUGGGAAUUGCAAGAUUUGCAGCUUCUUGUUUGUUUUCGUCAUUUAUGAAAACUUCGUCGUCAGUGCUUGAGCCAUUUUUAUCACUGGAUGGCUCAUAAGGCAUGUCAGAUUCAUAACUCUCAUUCGAGUGUGAAGAAUUUUCAUCAUCAGAAUUAUUAUUUGCAUGCUGAUUUUGAACACAAAAACUAUCAGAAUCUUUAAGGAUAUUGUCGAAAUGCUGAGUACUUUUCGCAGUUGAGGUGGAAGGCUCUGCUUGGUUUGAUUUUGGUUCGCCAUCAUCGACUGAGAUGCCAAGCUCAUGAGCAAUAUCUUCAGGACAUUUAAUUAUUAUAUUAUCAGUUUUUGUUGCACUUAUCUGAGAGUCAGUUAUAUCCAGUACUAAAAACAUAAUACAGUUAUUUUCAAAAAAAUGUUCCCAAGCAUUACUAAAAUACCGAGUUGAAACCCAAUAAACAAACACACAAUCAUCUAAUUCUAUCAAAAAAAAUUAUAAUAUCAAAUAGUUAAACUUACAGGUAUUGGGUGUACAUUCUGUUAGGACAAGUAGGGGUGACGUGAUUUCUUCAGAUUAUUUCUAACGAAAGUAAGUAAUUUUCAAAAUAAUAAUAUUAAAAAAAAUACAAUACUAUUUAUAUAAAAUCCAUACCUGUUUGAAGGUUAGAUUCAGGCAUUGAAUGUUCUGGAGGUAAUACCCUGUCCACUUUAGGAAUUUCACUUUGUUGAUUAUUUCGAAAGAGUGCUAACAUUCUUAAUCCUCUUCCAGACAUGUUACCACAAUUUAUUUUAAAGUUUAGCACGUAAAAACUGAGACUACUAAGAACAACGCAAUUAUAAACGUAUUUUUUAAAUGUAAACAAACGGACAUACGAGGUCUAAGAAUAUCGUUUUAAAGCGCGCGAAAACCGCCUCUAGCACGCGAAUGUCCAUAUAUUAUGAGGUUUGGAUUGUUAUUUUUGGACAAUAAAAUUUACGAGGUUUGGUUUGUUUGUAUUAUGAAGGUUAAAAUAUUUUUAUUUUUAUGUGAGGUUCGGUAAUAUAACGUAGAAACAUAUGAGGAUUGGUUUGCUGUAAAAAAACGAAUUUGAACCAAAAUUGACUUACGAGGUUUGAGAAUAUUGUCGACGAUAUGUCGCUAUGUACACACCAGCUCGCCAAUCAUUUUUGUGCGAUUUUUAUUUCUAGGAAACGACGAUCUUGCAGCUUUUCCCUCUACACUAGAUAAACAUAUACUUUCUGAUAUUUUUAGUCCCAACAGCUUCAUUGCAUUUCAUCUAUGCUUUAAGUAAAAUCGGUAUUGUUGUGACGAAUUCAUAAUGACUUACUUAAUUUGUUGGGUAUUACGUCACUGUUAUAGUAAAAAUCAAUUUAGAAAUUACUAUCUCACAUGCUCAACUAUUGAAAAGAAGAAAAUGGACUUAUUCACGUAUUUAGGAGAAAUAUGAACUUAAUUCUUUCACGUUUCCAUUGUUCCUUUCUAUGGGUUUUACUAACCUCACCACAGACUGAGUAGAAACCUGCAGUUUUUUUUCCACAGUAAAUGUACCGUAAAGUCGGGUGACUUUGACCCAGUUUUAAAGUUUGUCUAAAUUUUUUUAUAUAUAAUAUCACAAAAAAUGCAAAAUUUUUAUUAGUUUUGAGUCUUAAUGAAUUUAACUACCUACCUAACAGUAUGUAACUAUUUCAAAAAAAAAGUGGGUGUGCAAUGUCACCCUCAAGGAUCGGGUGACUUUGUUCCAUACAAUAUUUUGUGCUUAUUUAGGUUUAUUUUAAAGACUGGGACAAAGACACCCAUUCGGAUGUAUAUAUUUGACUCAUUUAAAAAAUACAAUUUGAUUUUUUUAGAUUUUCAGAGAAGGUAUGUUUGGUAAAACAUAAUUAUGGCAAAAAAAUAAAAAAAUAUGAGAGCCAACAAAUUUCUAUAUUUAAACGAAGUUUUAAACGAACGAAUUUAUCCCUGUCUAUGAUAGAUGGAUCUCCACAGACAUCAAAAUAUGCCACAUGGUAGGAAUUUCGUAAGGGCUGUUCAGGCCACUUUCAAAUAUUUUUUUUAACAUGGACCAUUUCUAAAACCCAGCCAAACCGAAUGUCCUUGGCAUACCCAUCAAAUUUGCCAGGAAAAGAAUCUAGAGAAUUGGGUUCGGUAACAAUUACGUAGUCACCGAUAAAUGUAAAUGUAAACUAAACUGGAACUAGAAAUAUUUGUGUCUGAAUCCGAUUCAUAUUUUGUUUUCUUCUUUUUUUAGAUUUUCGAUAAGCCGCUGGUUCCAGGCUCAUUAGCAUUUACAACUUCAAUCGGUUCAGGCAUAUUAUCUAUUUCUGGAAGAAAAUUAUCAAUUUCUUCUUCAGCAGCCUCCAAGGUCAUCUCAUCUAUAUUUUCCCUAGAAUUCAGUGUCUGUAUGUUAUUUUUCUUAUUGUUAUUUGUGUUUGUUUUUUUCCUUUUUUUUAUUUUUAUUUUCAUUUGUUUCUGCUUUCUUGGAUUGUGUUUUCUUAGUGACCAUUUUUUUUUUAGUUUUUUCAGUUUUAUUAAGGCUUUCUGCUAUCUUGCGAUUUUGAAGAUCAUCCGAGCUGAUACUUUUUCCAGCAGUUACAUCGAUUUUCCGUCUGCGUUUUUGUUUUGGUUCAGAGUUUAUUCCUCUAUUUUUUUCCAAAAAAUUAAUAACCACAUCACUUACCCUCGCUGCUAUUUCGACGGGAUUCUACUGAUUUCUGUUGUAACUUGGAAUUCUUUCUAAUAUUUGUUUGUCGAGUGGGAAAAUUCCGCAUUUUCGGAAGCCGUUUUCAAGAUUUUUUCCACCCUGUUUACUUACAGCCUCCACUAGCUUUUUAAGGAGUUGACGAAAAAUGAUUUUGGGGAUGGAGCCAGUAUUGAUGUCGUGGGUCUUGAAAUCGAGUAGAAUUUUCCGCCAAGCUACCUUCAUGGGAUGAAAAUAGGCUACGUCUAGGGGUCGCGUUAAAUGGGUGGACUUGGCAGGAAGACACUAAAAUGAGAUAUUUUCUCGUUCGCAAUUCUGAAUAACUGUGGGUGAAAUAUGGGAGGAUAAGUUGUCGCCUAUAAUCACUUUUUUUCCAGAAAUCUUUUUUAAUUUGGGCAGAACCAGAGAAAUAAACCAGUCUUCAAAACACAACGAAUCAAACCAACCGCUCUUGGAUCUGUUAUAUCGCGAAUUAUCUGGACCAUUCUCUAUCCAGGUUGACCAUACCUUGUCUGAUUUAUAUACAACGUAGGGAGGAAGCACGUCGCCAGCAGCGUUACCGCAAAACAUAAUGGACACCGCAGAUUUGCUAGUAUUUAAGACCCUCUCUAUAUAUUUGGUCCUGCGUUUGGUCAGAACUCUUUUACGAUCCGGAUCGUCACUUAGAUUCGUUUCGUCAUAGUUCCAAAUACAAUUUGACGGAACGUCCUUAAGUUCUUCCUCCAAAUUAUUAAAAUAUUCAGUUAUGGUUUCUUCAUUUAUAUCGGCCCGUGAUCUUUUUAUGUUACUCGCAAACCGUUGCGUUAGUGUUGGGUUUCUUAGAAGAAAAGACUUAAUCCAAUCUUUUCCAGGGAAGUUUUCUGGAAACUGCUUCACCGUUCUGCCCUUGCGGUCUAAGUAGUUUUUAACUAAAUAUUUAAGGUCGGUUUGGUCGAUGGCGAACUCAUAAUGAGAAAAAGUGCAAAUACGUGAAGUAAAUGCAUCUUCUUCAAUUUUUGUAAAAACCGGCUGACCACCUAUUGAUUUUGUGUGUCUAUUUUUAAUUUUGUUUUUUAUUGUCCCAACUGGAACUUUAAAUUGUAGGGCAGUCUUUCUCUGAGAGAGUUCUCGGUUUUUUACUGCUUCUACGGCUCUAUUUAAAGUCUCUUGGGUGUAGUUAACAUAACUCCUAGCACUGGCUGUGCGUUUGUAGGUCGAAGGCAUAAUUUACUGAAAAAAAGCCAUUUUCAAAACCGUUGAUUAAAACAUUAGAAAGAAAACGUAAAAUUAAUAUUGUUAUCAGAUAGGUAGGUAUUUAAAGAAAAUUUAAGCUCUAGAUAGGCUUUACCUACGACUAACUUAGUUUAAAAUAUUAGAAACUCACCUAUUUGUUAUUAAACACAAUAAACAGGUAUUCUUUAAAUUGAGCCAAAGUCACCCGAAAAUUGUACUAAACGGUACGCUAAAACCCGCGUGUUAUUCAAAUGCUUUUUUUGAUGCUUUUCGAUCAUAAAAAUAGAGCCAAGAGUAGACUUGGUCUAUAGGCAACUCGAAAUACAUUUAUGAACUUACGCUGCAGGACAAAUUAUAUGACCUUCAAAAAUUUUAAUAUUUCGCUCGUCAUAGAAAUUUUUUUUUUAAAUAUGUGUGAAAUGGAAGAAGAAUGUGUUACUUCGUCAUAUAUGUAGGUUUAUGUAUACAUUUAAGAAUUUUUUGAGUUAAUUUUGUUAUAUUUAUUUUUACAAAAAAAAAACACAAUUUUAUUCUUUUUCCUUGUUUUGAGACAAAGUCACCCCCGUGAGUCAAAGUCCCCCGACUUUACGGUAAGCAAUUAUACAAAUAAUUAUUCCUUGCAUCUGUGAGGCACAGAUCUGUUUCACCAUAUUUUGCAGCCUGUUUCGGCAUAUACAUUACGAAUCCGCAUCUACCUUUAAAACCCACUAGGCUCUCACCUUUGCAAACAAAAGUUUUUCUAAAAAUUAUCAAUAAAAUUUCCAAUGAGCCGAAUUAUAAAAUUACCAGAAAUAGCUGCAGCUCUAUUGUUUCAUUCUCUCUGCGCUCCAUCUAUCUCAUUAUCGAAUCUUACUGCUAAUUUUCAAAUGUUCUUCUUGACAUUGUACACCUGAAUACCUCCCUUCCAGUGCUCUCAGUUGCAAAAAAACCCUCAAAAAAAACUCGAUACGAUUUGUUCAACGCCUAACUUCAGCCAGCAUGUCUUCGCCAAAUGAAGGUUUGUUUUUUUCUCCCAACAUUUUUGCAGGACCUCGCAAUCCAGUUACACUCACCACUCUAAUUCUUCGUCCUUCUUUAGUUGAUUCAAGCAUUAUUCCUCAAACAUUGGAUCGUCCGGAUCCAAUGUUUCCAGAGUGAUAUACCCAUCGACGCGACGAGGGGGACAAAUUCAACAGUGACGGUAUGAGAUACCGCUAGGUAGCGGUUAAAGGUUAAAUUACCAUUUUCCAGUUAAAAUAUCGAAUACUUCAUGACUAUAAGAUUGUUAAAAAUUUCAACUAUGGUCACAAACAACAUGUGAUAUUAGAAGAAUUUAGUAGUUUGAUAGUUGAUCAUUUAAAACCAAACAAAAAAGAAGAAUAUGAUGACUUCUAUGACGUAAAUUAACCAAAGUUUCAGCAUCUCUGCUAAGAAACAUGCCUUUAACUAUUUCUAAUGUAUAAUAAAAAAUAUAUUUUAAUUCUGGCUCCUUUGUACUUCUAUGCGCUUAACAAAAUCAAAUAUUCAGUAGAACCUACUAGUACAGAUAAUCAUGUUAUUAUCCAAGACUGCACCUAUUGCCUUCCAGUUUUCACAAUAUUAUUUUGAAAUUAUUGUAAUUAUUAAGUGUUUUGAUGGAUUUGUUACAUUUUUUACUUCUUAUUGAUCGAUUUUUACCUUCUUCUAUAUACUGUAGGGCCUAAUAUGUUAAGAUUUAUUAUAUUAAUAAUCAUUUUAUAUAUGUGAAAUAUAACGAUAAUAAAAUGAAUAAUAAAGCACUGUUUGAGGACCUAA